AUGGAAGCCGUUCUGCUCUUCAUCGUCGCUGCUGCAGUGCUCAGUUCUGUUCCUGGACGGAAAUAUUAUUUAGUUUCCGAGCCGAAGGAUUGGACUGCAGCUCAGAGUUUCUGCAGAGAAAAGUUUUCAGACCUGGCAUCGAUCCAGAGCGCGGCGGACGUGAAGGCGCUGAACGAGCAGCUGGAACUGGGAGAACUGGGAGAACUGGGAGAGCACUCUGUAAGUUGCGUUCAGGGUGUGAGUCGUGACCCAGGUGACCCAGGUGAGUUCAGGAAGUGCUCUCCUCUCCAGACUCCCUGGAUCGGUUUGUACGAUGAUGUGAACAGCUGGCGCUGGUCCAUGUCCGCAUCUGACUUCUACCGACAAGACAAGAAGAAGUUCAGGAACUGGGCGUCCAGAGAACCAAACAAUAACUAUGGAAGAGAGAACUGCGUUGAGAUGCGUGGAGACGGACGUUGGAAUGACGAAUUUUGUAAUCGAACUCGAAGUUCCGUCUGCUUGGAUGUCAAAGGGACAAAGGUGACGUUUGUUCACGUCAACGUCAACAUGACCUGGAUGGAGGCUCAGCGGUACUGCAGGGGGCGCCACACCGACCUGGCCAGCGUCAGGAACAUGGCAGAGAACCGGCGGCUGCAGGUCCUGGUGCCGACCGGACAACGGGCCUGGAUCGGCCUGUCCAGAGAGUCCUGGAAGUGGUCGGAUGGAACCGGCUCGGCUUUUAGCUUCUGGAUGUCUGGAGAACCCAGUAAGACCAGACAGAACUGCGCCGCGGCGAACAUGAAAGAUUCUGGAAGAUGGCAAAACUUUUGCUGCACAGAAAAGAAACCAUCAGUUUGUUCUACAGAUCCAUCUUUAAAGCAAGUGAAGCUGAAGGUGGUGAGAAGUUCCUCUGUGGAUCUGAACGACCCGGACCUGCUGGAAGACCUGCUGACGAAGAUGAAGCAGAAGCUGAGGGAGCAGGAAGUGAGUGGAGACGUCAGACUGAGCUGGAGGAAGCAGAAAGAUGGAAAAAUCUUCCUGAGGAAGAAGAACGAUGAGCUUUAGACGAUCCGCUCCUGCAGAUGAAACGUCUUCAGAAGUCCGUUUCAUAAAGUUUAUACGCCACAGGAAGCAGCUACUUAGAAAUUAAGAUGCUGGUUUGUGAAUGUUACUAAUCUGUAUAAAUGUAGCAGGAGCGACAUGAGAUUCUGUUCCAGAGAAUCAGGUUUGAUCUGGGAUGAAGAUCCUCCUGAUGGAAACCAGUUUCAUCUGCUUCUGACUCAUCCGUCAGUUUCAUUCUGACUGGAACCUGGCAUCGAUUUACAAUUAUGAAACAUAUUUAGUUUGGAACUCUCAUCUAUAAAUAUAUGGUAAAAUAUGAUUUAAAAGUGAUUUUUUUUCUCUCACUAAAAUGUUACUGUUAAUUGCUGUAAAUAUUAAAAUUGUGAAAUGAGACACUGAUAAAGUUUAGUUGUCAGAAAUCUU